AUGUCGCCUACCGCCACCCCUCAGAAGAAGCGCCAGCCCGUCCAAGACUCCGUUCGUCGUGCAUCCGGAUUCCUGACCGUCGAGAGCACAACCCAAGCCGCUUCGUCGCUUGGUAUUGACAAGAUGGAGCACCAAGCUCCUGCUCCUUCCGUCACUCGUCGCUCCGGCAUGCUGCCCACGCCAGCCAAGACUCCCAAGAAGGCGCCCAACGAGAAGCAGACGGCCCAUCUCCGCUCCGUCGCCCGCAACCUAUUCCACAACGAAGAGGAGGCUUUGGUCAGCCCUAGAAGGAAGCGCGUUCCCAAGAAGUACUCUGGUAAUUCGCUGGAGAGCUUUGUUGCCGAGGAAGUUGAGGAGCCGAUUGAGAUUUUCACCGAUUCCCAAGAUCGCGUUCCCGAAGUCGACCGGGGUGAGGACAACCCGUUCUACGGCGGUAGCGCCACUGUCGAGCAAGAGCCCCCGCGCCGUCGCAGCAAGCGCAAUGUCGCUAUCCCCGGAGAAGCCUCUCAGGCGGUUGAUGAAGCGAUCCAGCGUGAAGAUGGACUGAUCUAUGUCUUCCGAGGAAAGAAGAUUUUCCGCAAGUUCGCUGAGCCAGAGGAUGACGAGGAUGUAGAGGGCAGCACCUCUGAGCGCCCUAAGAGACCACUCACUCGCUCUGCCAUCAAGCCUCGUCUGCUGUUCCCCGUGGCACCCAAGGCGCCUGCUACUGGCUCGACUUUGGAAGAGGAGGAGGCGGUCACCGACAUUGAGGACCACAACCUGGAGGAGCCGGAGGACGCCCCACAGACCCCAGCCGAAGUUAAGGGCGACUGCCCGUCGACCCCUCAAGCACCCAAGUUUGGCCAGAUGGUAGCAACUCCUCCCGACACCAGACGCACUACGCGAUCCGGGUUGAAAUCGGAAGAGACAACCCCAAUCAAACGCAAGACCCGGUCGAGUCCAUUCGACGACUGGCCGCGCGUCAAAAGCCGUCACGAGAGCUCACCAGCCAAACGUUCGGCAGAUCCAGUUACCGCUCCGGCUGCUAAGCGAGCCCGUCAUUAA